GUAAUAUUCAGGCCUCUUUUCAGUAAGAAAUAACUAAAAUUCAAUUCAUAAAACAAUAGUCUUAGCUUUCCAAAGUUUAUGGAAUUGUAAUAAUUCAAGUGAUAUUUUAGAACUGACAGGUGAGUUUGACUCAGAAACUGAAUAAAAACUUCUAAAAAGUCCGACUGAAGGAUUUUAAAAUAUAUGUGAGUAAUGUGAAAUAGAAAACUGUUUUAAAUGUUCAAAAGAUUAAUCAAAAUGUCUAACAUGUAAAAAUUAAUUUGAAUUAAAGGAUAAUUAAUGCAUUCCAUGUACAAUAUCAAACUGUGAAUAAUGUCUAUUAGAAGAAGGCGUGAAAAAGUGUUUGGAAUGUAAAAGUCCAUUUAUUCUUUAUAAAAACUAGUGUUUAGAUAGCUGCCCUGAUUCAUAUAUAAAAACUAAAAAAACAUGUUUAUCAUGCCAAUAAGGUGAAUAUGUAACAGAUUUAAAAUGCGAAAAGUGUAUUCCUUUUUGUGAAACAUGUAAUAACUCUGUAAAUUGUGAAAAAUGUUUCAUUGGAUAUUCACUAAAUAUAGAUGGAAUUUGUAUAGAAACUCCAGAAAAAUGUUCUUCAGUUGAUUCGUAAUGUCCUCUUGGCUAAUUUAGAUCCAUUGAAUACCCUUAUGAGUGUGAAAAUUGUCACGAUUCCUGUGAAAAAUGUAUUGGACCUUCCGCUUCUGAAUGUGCAACUUGUAAAGGAGGUUUAUAUUUAUCAAAUGGUUUCUGUAUAUAGGAACAAGAAGAAGUAGUAGAAGUAGAAGAAGAAAUUAGUUAAAACAUUUGUCAUUUUUCAUGUUAAACAUGUUCAGAUUAGUCUGAAAAUUGUCUUAAAUGUCAAGAAGAGAUGUCUUACUUUAUAAAAACAACAGAUGGUAGAAUGUAGUGCUUUUUGUAAUGCCCAGAAGGCUUUUCAGCUAAAGAAGAUUCAUUAGAAUGUGUUAGUAAUGGGUAAUAAAUAGUUGAGGAAAAAUGUGCUCUAGGAACCUUUUUGAAUAGCGAAAAUAAAUGUGAAAGCUGUGCAAAAAGCUGUGUUUUAUGUUCUCAAAAAAGUACUUGUGAAGAAUGUAUUUUGGGCUUUUACUGGAAUAUUGAAAGCUUAGAAUGUGAAAAAUGUCAUUUUUCUUGUUCAAAAUGUACAGGAAGCAAAGAUAAUGAAUGUACUUUAUGUACCUCUUAUGAAUAAGUAUAUCCAAAUGAAGAUGGAAUGUGUUUAUAAGAAAAUUAGGAUUCUGAAGACGAAAAUAUUUAUGAAAUUGAUGAAAGUGAAGAAAUUGGUGAUAAUGAUGAAAUAGAUGAAAAAUAAUGCCCAAGUAAUUCAUAAUAAUAAAGUUUUCAUUAGUAAUUUGAUAACUUGUAUGCUCAAGAUAAUGCCUUGUAUGCAAAUAUAUAGCUAGUUGAUGAUGCCUUUUGUGAAUUUUAGAAUUUUAAAAACGUCUUACCUUAGUUUGCUGAUAGUACUUUAGAUUGUAAAAACUCAGAUUUCUAAAAAAGUAUGUUAAAUGGAUAAGAAGGAGAGAUAGUACUUAUUUAUGCAAUUAUUUUAGCUAAAAUAGGAGUUUUUGUUGAAAAUUAAAGAGUUAAUCCUAUAAAUUUAGUAAAUAUCGCACAUAAUAAAAAAUUUUUUAAAAAUGUUUAUAGUCAAAGAUUGACUUUAGAAAUCAAAGAAUAAUGUUAAUCGUUAUUUUGUUAAAGUUAAUUGAAUGAAAGUUUGAGUGGUUUAGAGGAUGAAUAAGGAAAUAGUAUUUUUUUGGAAGAAUUUCAAAGUAUUGACUUCGAAGUUGAAUGUAGUUUGCAAUAUGAAAAAGGAUAUGUUAUUGAAGAUUAUAAAAAAACUGAAAUUGAAUAAGCAAUAUAAACUUUAGAAAUGUAAAAUGAUAAAAUUUUUGUUGUCUUAUAAAUUUGUGGUUUGGAUAAUAAAGACAUAAAAUUUUCUUAUUAAAAAGCUAUUGCUUAGUAAUAUCUUGGAAACGGAUUUUUUAAUGCAAUUUUUGUUAAAAAUUCAGCUCAUUAAUAAUAAACCAUUAAUAUUUUCGGAGCUUCUUAAACUUAGAAUGAAAACCAUUUGUAAAAUUGUGGAUUCUAAAAUUAAUUUUAUGCAUAUAAAGUAACUAGAAUGAACUUUUUGAGAACAGGAUAAUAUAAAGAAAAGGACUUAUCAGAAGAAAUCAAAGCAGAAGCACAAAAAGAAAUUAUUGAUUUAAAUGAAUUAGGAAAAUGUAGUUGUUUACCUACAAAUGAAUUUAUUCUUUAAUUAGAAAAUUAAGUUUAAUUAAUUACCUCUUUUUCAAAAGAAUAAACUACUUUUUUAACUAAUUCAAUUUCUGCUCUUGAUUUAAAAUCUUUCUUUUUUAGAGAUAAUUUAGAUAUAGAAAAUAUGAUGGAAAACUCUGGUUAAAUUAGUCAAUAGAAAGCUCAAAUCUAUUAUCUUUAAUAUUUAGAACAACUAGUAAAUAAUAUGAAAGAAUUUUAUUAAAAAACUACUUUUGAUUAAUGUUUAAUCAAUAUUUUGGUUGGGAUUGCAGCUUCAAACGGGGGUGCAUUUUUGUAAGAAUUCAAUUAAGGAGUUUAAGAUAAUGAUUACUAAAAGAUACUUUCAGAAUUAAAAUUAACUACUUGGUGUUAAAGUAAUGAAGAUAAAUGCUAGAAAAUUUAACAAGUAAUUAUAAGUUGUUUAUGAUUUAUAUUCUAUAUAUUUAAAAUAUUAAUAUUUUUUUUGCAAUUUUAUAAAUAAUACAAAAUAAAUAUUUUAAUU